GCGUAGUACCUUAAAUGGUACUUUAGCACUCAAAUUACUCGUAUACAACGCAUUUUGGCAAAACUUCCUCUUUUUAUUAAAUACAACGAUAAAGAUGAAACUGUUGGUAAUCUCUUGUGUGCUCAUGGGGGUUUUGGUGGUUUGCUUGGCGGAUGAUAAGUACACCACCAAGUACGAUAACGUCGAUCUGGAUCAGAUUUUGCAGAGCGAUCGUUUGCUGAGGAAUUACGUGAAUUGUCUAUUGGAGAAGGGCAAAUGUACUCCGGAUGGAGUAGAACUCAAGAAAAAUCUUCCCGAUGCCUUGGAAAACGGCUGCCAAAAGUGCACGGACACCCAACAAAAAGGCGCAAGAAAAGUGAUUCACUUCCUAAUCAAGAACAAACGCGAAUGGUGGAACGAGUUGGCCGCCAAAUACGACCCUGAUGGCACCUACACGAAGAAAUACGAGGAGGAGAUCAAAAAGGAGAAUUUGAACAUUUAAAUAUAUUUUGUAUAUUAUAAUGUAUAUAAAUGAGGACAUAUGAAAUAUGAAUUAGAAUAAAAUUAUGAAUAAAUAA